UACACUGUUUUAACUACUUUAAACAAUGAUGGUGCCACCUCAACCACCACUAUUACUACUGGUACUUACAGAUAUGGUAGAUUUGAUAAUACCCAAGAUGCUUCUCAAUCCGAAGAAACUGGAACUCAUAGAUACGGAAGAUUUGAUAAUACUCAAGAUGCUUCUCAAUCCGAAGAAACUGGAACUCAUAGAUACGGAAGAUUCGAUAAAACUGCUGAUCCCUCUACUUCUGAAGAAACCGGAACUCAUAGAUACGGAAGAUUCGAUAAAACUGCUGAUCCCUCUACUUCUGAAGAAACUGGAACUCAUAGAUACGGAAGAUUCGAUAAAACUGCUGAUCCCUCUACUUCUGAAGAAACUGGAACUCAUAGAUAUGGUAGAUUUGACAAAACUAGAAACAACGUAGCCACU